UUCAACGGCGUUUUCCGUAGCCUAACGUACACGUCACGGCACUUGCAACGUAGGAGCUCGUCAUCUCGCGACUCUUGCAACGUAGGAGCUCGUCAUCUCGCAACUCCGCCUCGAGUGAGUAGGUGCAGGUUAUUCUUCCGCUGCGACAGUUAGACUCUUGACCAGGCAAAAUGAGCUACGGUUACCAAGGGCCGCCUGUUCAGUUUCCGGGACGAGCACAAGCGCCAACGUCGUUUGGGGCCCCACCUAACGCACCCUCUGCCCCCGGUGUUCCGCCUUACCCUUCGGCGGCUUUCUCGAACGCGCCGCCGACGUCCUUCGGCAUGCCACAGCCACACUCUCAGGCUUCCUAUCCGGCUUCCUAUCCGACGCAUCCCGCGCAUUCCACUCCUGGCGGCGCACCAGUACAAACCAGUCCUUAUCCCCCGCAACACAUGCCGUAUUCUCAACCCGCGCAUCCCGCUCCUGGCGGCGCACCAGUACAAACCAGUCCUUAUCCUCUGCAGCAGAUGCCAUAUCCUCAACCCGCGCAUCCCGCUCCUGGCGGCGCACCAGUACAAACCAGUCCUUAUCCUCUGCAGCAGAUGCCAUAUCCUCAACUCGCGCCCACGUGUUAUCCGCCUAACCCACGCUCCAACCAGUGCGCACCAUCCCCUUAUCCUCAAAGGCAACAAAAUUACAACGAGUAUCCCAAUCUUCACACGGCACCAGACGCUAAAGAGUAUUUUGGCAAUGUGGCUCCUUCUCCUUAUCCCCCUGGACCAACCAUGCACACAGCUAAUUCGAAUCCAUACCAAAGUCAAAGCUGUCCCGGGGGGCAGGGGGUAAGCUCGAAAUACCCUUACGCCGCUAAUCCACCUACUGCUGCUACACGUGGUGCUACCCCAGCCCCCCGGAGAGAUUGGUUCACGUCUAAGACUUCUCCCACGGUUGUGCCUUACAACGGCUUCGAUGCUAGAGCGGAUGCGGAGACCCUGAGAAAAGCUAUGAAGGGAUUCGGCACUGAUGAGAAGGCCAUUAUUCAGGUUCUUACGAACCGCAGUAAUCUACAGCGCCAAGAGAUCGCGUCUCAAUUUAAGACUCUUUAUGGAAAGGAUCUGAUAAAGGAUUUGAAGUCCGAGCUGUCGGGGAACUUCGAGAAACUCGUUCUUGCCUUGAUGAUGCCCCUGCCUCAAUAUUAUGCCAAAGAACUCCACGAUGCACUAUCCGGCCUUGGUACAGAUGAGACGGUACUCAUCGAAGUAUUGUGUACAAUGACCAAUCAUGAAAUCGCGGUCAUUAAACAGGCAUAUGAAGCAAUGUACGGAAGAAAGCUGGAAGAUGAUCUGAUUUCUGAUACAUCUGGCAAUUUCAAGCGCUUGAUGGUAUCACUGUGUUGUGCCAAUAGAGACGAAUCACACAACGUGGACAAUGCCGCUGCGAUGGAAGACGCUAGGCAACUUUUGCAAGCUGGGGAGCUGCGAUUUGGUACGGACGAGUCUACAUUCAACGCGAUUCUCGUCCAAAGAAACUUUGCGCAAUUGCGCCAAAUAUUCAUAGAGUAUCAUAACGUAACUGGCCAUGAUAUUGACGUUGCGAUUGAAAACGAAUUUUCAGGCGAUAUUAAGAAGGGUCUUCUUGCCAUUGUUAAGUGCGUCAAGAACAGACCUGGUUUCUUCGCCGAGCAGCUGUACAAAAGCAUGAAAGGUCUUGGUACCGACGACAACCGCCUCAUUCGACUGGUUGUGACACGUUCUGAAGUAGAUAUGGGCGAGAUAAAGGAUGUGUUCGUCCAUGAAUACGGAGAGCCCUUGGAAGAUUUCAUAUCUGGUGACUGCUCGGGACAUUACAAGAAAUGCUUAUUGGCACUAGUGCACUUAUAAAAUAUUUUCAAACGUUCAUACAUGAAACUUCUUUUGUUGCAUUUGACGUCCAUCUCCUAUGGCAAAUUGGUGCAACCACUCUAAUUCACCCUGUAUGCUUUGUAAAUGAAUUUUUAAAUGAAGAUAUUUUAAUGUACACGGUGCAAGUACUUGGUGAUUUUUCAAAUUACGAUUCACUGGCCAUGUCGAUGAAUGCUGAGAAUUUCAAAUCAUCAUACAAUUAUUUAGGAUUUUAUAAAAAUCAAUAUAGAAGGUGAAAACACAUUAAUUGUCUUAAAAAAUUGUGAACAUAUUUUUGUUCAUUUUUCAUUCGUCCGCAUAUAUAAUUUGUGAUUCCAUAGAGUUGACCAGCGAUUUUAUAAAAUUAUUUUCACUGUAUAUGUAUACUUAUGAUAGUUUACUAUGACUUCCAUCGCUUGAAUGUUCCUAUACUGUAAACGCUUCUGAAAUGGUAACGGUAAGCUUUUAACGGAAUUGUGCCAAUGUACGUGCCUCUUAUUGUUAGUGAAUUUCAAUCUGUAAAGAAUCUCACGAGAAUCUCGGCCUUGUCGUAAUAUUAUAAAAGUAUACGCGUACCUUACAGAUCUAAAGACAUAAAUAUACAAAAAGAUUAUAUAUUUUUCUUCGCAAAGCAUUAUAUAUAUAUAAACAUAAUAUAAGCAUUUGUACAUGUAACAAAUGCAAAAAUAGUUAUAUAUAUAUUUUUUAUAUUUACUAAAUGUAUAAUAUCUUCCAGUUGUUACAUACAUAUAUGUAUUGCUUCAUGCAUAAUUUCGAUUACUGAAUUUACUAUGUAUAAAUAAAAAUUUUAACUGGUAUAA